AUGCCGCCCUGCUACAACGGGCCCGGGUCCCAAGGCGUUGUCGACGCGCACACGGGCAGCGCCGAUACCGCCCUGGACACCGCUUACACGGGUCACUUUUACUCGACGGCGCGCAACGCCACCUCUGCUUGGGCCGCCGCGUCGGGCUGCACGGCGGCGCCAAGCUACGACCCCUGCAAUGGCGUCCUGCGCAACGCCAGCGAGGGCCACAGCUUCUACCCGGUCGCGUCGGACACCAUUCACUGUGUCCAAUGGUCGGGCUGCGAGAUGGGUGUCGAGGUGAUCGAAUGCAUCGACACGAGGGCGGGGCACUGGUCCCCCUCGAACUGGCACGACGAGAUCUGGGCUUUCAUGCAGCGGUCGAUCCGCCCCGGUUCGUCCCGCAAUGGCCCAGGUUGA